CCGGACUAUCCCUUUCGUUACAGAGGCCGAGAGAUGCAUGGUGGAACCCACUAUAUACACCGUGACAACCGCGCAAAUUCUCCCUGGGAGCGCAAAUGAUAUCUGUUAAAGUUGACUCAAUACACACAUUGUCUAAUGCUGAUUAUAAACCUUGUUUACUACAUGGCCAAGCGUUCAAGUUCGCCUUCUUCCAUGCUCUUUCAGCCUCCUUACGGCCUCAAUGGUUCUCGAUCCCUUGUCGAUGUGCUCCGAGGAGACGCUAUGCGUUCAAAUGAACUUAGAAUGAUUCUUUUUUGCUUUAUAUUUGCCUGUGGCGGCUUAAUGUAUGGGCAUGAACAGCCUACGAAUGAGUUCGAGUUCCCAGUAGCAUCGUCGCAUCAUGCUGGAGAAACGUACCUUGUUCCAGAGUUGUUAGAGAAGACGUGGGUGAGUCUUUCCUCUGGACCUUUAAGACGGCGGAUCACGCCUAGACUGACGUGCUUUGAUGCGACGUGGAGACAAGGCUUGGCUUAAGCCGAGCGCGAACGAUGGAAGCGUUCAUAACCCUCUCGAUGGAGAUCUCCCUGCCAUAUUGGGUGACGCGAUCAUGAGAACAUCAACCAGACAGGCUCAUGUUUGGUGGUCAGAAGCUCACUCUUUUCAAGACGUCUAACCAACGCCGA